AUGGCGCUGUCCCCAAAGUGGUACCAGUUUAUGGUAUGUGUGUUUGCCUCUCUGGGCUCCGUACUUUACGGUUACGAUCUGGGCGUUAUUGCCGAGGCUAUUGCUAGUCCCUCGCUGGUCAACGCUUUCAAUGUCGAUUCUACGAAAAGUGGAGCUAUCACGUCUGUGUUUACGGGAGGCGCCUUUUUCGGUGCUAUUUUCGGGGGUCCACUAGGUGACUAUGCUGGUCGAAAGAUUACUAUUCUCGUGGGAGCUGUUAUUUUCUUGCUCGGGGGUGGCCUUCAAACCGGCGCACAGAGCAUCAAUUUCCUGUAUGCUGGACGGUCCAUUGCUGGAUUGGGAGUCGGUAUCCUGGUUAUGAUCGUCCCGCUCUACCAGGCAGAGUUGGCCCACCCGGAUAUUCGUGGUCGUAUUACCUCUCUCCAGCAACUGAUGCUGGGAGUUGGAUCUCUAGUGGCUGCUUGGAUCUCCUGGGGCACUUACAUCAACUUCGCUGACGACGAUUCACGUCAAUGGCGUAUCUCCCUUGGUAUCCAGAUGGUCCCUGCCGUCUUCCUCGCCGCUCUCAUCUUGCUCUUCCCCGAAUCGCCUCGCUGGUUGAUUGACAAUGGCCGACUCGACGAGGGACUGCAAACCCUGGCUCGCCUGCACUCGGGCGGCGAUGUCGAUGAUCCCUGGGUACGGACCGAGUUCGAUCAGAUUCAAACUUCUAUUGCGAACGAGCACGAGGCGGAGGCCAAGUCGUAUACUGAGCUUUUCACCGAUCCGUCGUGCUUCCGUCGCCUUUUCCUGGCCUGUUCGAUCCAGGCCGCUUGCCAGAUGACCGGUGUCAGUGCUAUUCAGUACUUUAGCACUACUAUUUUCAAGCAAAUCGGUAUUGCGACCAAUGAUACUCUCAAGUAUCAGGGUAUCAGCUCUAUUAUUGCUAUUAUCGCCCAGCUCUGCUGCUUGUUGUUCAUUGACAAGACUGGUCGUCGUUGGCCGCAGAUCAUUGGAAACCUGGUCAACUGCGUGUUCUUCAUCAUUCCCACCAUUUUGAUUGCCAAGUUCCCCCCUGGAACUACCCACAACAAUGCCGCCAGUUGGGCAUUCAUCGUCAUGACAUGGUGCUACAACUUCUCCUUCAGCUCGACCAUUGGUCCACUGACCUGGGUUAUCUGUUCCGAGAUAUUCGACACCAAGACUCGUUCCAAGGGUGUCUCCAUCGCUACAAUGGUUUCGUUCGCAUUCAACACACUAAUCGGUCAAAUAACCACCGUCGCUAUCGACCAUAUUGGCGGCUGGCGCUUCUACAUUCUCUUCUGUGUCUGCAAUUUCACCAAUGCGAUCUUCUUCUGGCUUAUUCUGCCCGAGACUGCCAAGCUUCCAUUGGAGGACAUGAACGCUUUGUUCAAGACGGAGCCGUGGAUUGUACCGGGAACUCAGAGUCGGAAGUUCAAGGAGCGAAAGCAAAUGGGCAACAGUCUGCAGAUUGCGGCAAGAACCAAGCAAGAGAAUCUUGGCCUGGCCCAUGAGGAGGAAGUCAGAGGUGUCUAG